GAGAAGGUAUUGAGUCGGAUGCAGCGGUUUAAACGAGUGGACCCACAGAAGCUCCAGCAUGCUGAUAGCCUCCCGUCAACAGUGGCAGAACCAGCAUGCAUUCGACCUCCCUCACCUCCAGUACAGAAAGAAGAGCUUUCGGAGGAUGAGAAGCUGGCAGUCCGGCUACAGAAGGAGCUCGACAAUGAGUUUGAGGGCCAGGCUCAGGGGAAGGUGGUGGAUGUUGACCAGGGAGGCUUGUUCUUCUGCCAGCUCUGCUUCAGAGACUUGUCGGCCAUGAGCCCCCAGCUGCGCACACAACACAUCAACAGGUGUCUAGAUGAGAGUGAGAGCCAGGCGGCUCCAUCUGCGGCUCCAGCGGCCCCUCGGCCCGUGGUCCCGGAGUGCCCCAUCUGUGGGAAGGUCUUCAAGUCGCUCAAGAGCCGCUCCACCCAUCUGAAGCGUUGCUCCUCCGAAAUGGGCGUGCCUCCAGCGGUCCUUUUGCAAGCCGUGCAGAGACAGGCCAGUGAGGCCGUGAGUGACAGCACAGCCGGCCAAUCUGUCCAAGCCGGCGGGCCUAAGAGGAGGCUCCCCUCCGAUCCCACCCAGCCCGCCAGGAAGAGGCCCAAGAAGGCGGCCCAGCCUGUGGACGAGGACACCAUGGUGGCCCUGGCCCUCUCCCGCUCUCUGUUGGAUCAGGAGGCGGAGAUGGAAAGGGCAAAGGCCAUUGAGGUCGUAGAGGUCAAAGGAGCUGAGCCGCAGACGUCUGUUGGUGCAACCUUGCAGUGGAAGCCAGCAGCAGCUGCAGGCAAAGGGAGGAGGCGCAGGAAGGGAGCCCCCUCUGGUCCUCCUCCGCUGCUCCUCCGGCAGGACCCCGAGGAGGCCCUGCGGCGCCUGCAGGAGCGCGUCUCCCUCAUGCUGCUGCGCUCGCGCACCCCCUCCCCUCCGCCCACCCCCACCCUGCACCCCAGCACCCUGCUGCCGCCCCCGCGCCGCUACCGCAGGGGCCUCGCCGCGGAGGAGGAGGAGAGCCCUGACCCCUGCUCACCGGCCCCGCUGUGGCACAAGAGCGCCCUGCCGGCCGGCUACGGCCACGCCACCGAAGAGUUCUACACGGUCGAGCUGAGCGCCUUCAUCCAGCCCUACGCCAGCCCACAGAGAGACCAAUCAUCAUCCACCAUGACGCCCCCAGUGAAGGUCCAGCCAGCGCCCCCCUCUCUGCCCCCUGCUGCUGCUGCUGCCCCCACUGCCCAGGCCCCGGCCCGCUCCCCUUCGCCCUCCUCCCCCGCCCCCUCGCCCCUGCUGCCCACCCAGGCGGUGCAGGACCUGUUGGCGCUGGGGGAGAAGGGCCUGAACCUCGCCGCUGCUCCACAUCAGGGCCCAUCUUAUGCCGACGCUCCACAGCAGCUGAGUGGCCUCACCAACCCAGAUUCUGACACCCGCGUGGUGGAGCCCAAGAACUCGUCAUCUCUAAGCAGGCUGGCCUCAGACCUGAGCUCCAUGGUGAAUAACCCACAGCUGAGUGAUGUCCAGCUGCAGGUGGACAGCGGUGAGGUCCUCUUCGCCCACUCCUUCAUGCUCUAUGCACGCUGCCCUCUGCUGGUCGAACAGGUGCACGCCAGUGGCUUCGGCGUGCAGGAGGAGGGGAUGCCAGCUGCCCAGAGGGUUCUGCUGGGGGAGGUGCCCGUCGGGGCCGUGCUCGCCAUGCUCCAGUUCCUCUACAGCGCCCAGUGCCCGCUCACGCCCAGCCUGGCACCACACGUCCAGGAGCUGGCAGUCAGGUUCGACCUGCCAGAACUGUCGCAGGAGUGCCAGCUGUACCUCCGGAGGCUGGAGCAGCAGGAGGAGGAGGAGGGGAGCCAGGCCUGGGGAGGUGCCCCAGCCCCGGAGCCCUCGGAGGGGCAUGAGGAGCAGGACAACACCCAGGCCCAGCUGCACUUCCUGGAGCUCCUCCGGUCCAUGUGGAGCUCAGAGGAUGAGGGGGAGGAGGAGGAAGAAGGACAGGGAGACGGACGGGCCGACGGAGAGAAGAGCGUCAGGAUGGAGGAGCAGGCGAGCGAGGGAGAGGAGAACGGAGGUGAAGAGCAUGUGGACGAGGAGGAGCUGGAGGAGAUCUAUGAGUUUGCUGCUACGCAGCGGAGAGGGGGAGAGUCAGCCCUGAGGCACGAGACGGAGAGCCUGGAGGAGGAGGAGGAGCAGGAGGAUGAGGAGGAAGUGAAGACCGCUGAGGAGGACAUCAGAAUGUUCUUUGAAAUGGAGGAUGAGAAAACAAGUGAUCAUGGAGCAGGAGAGGUGAAGGAGCCAGGUGGAACCAGAGUUGGUGAAUCGGUACAAGAAGAGACUCCCGCUGAACCAAGCGGCCACCUCGACGAGUCUCCUCACACAGAAGGGCCCAGUUCUCAUCACAAGGAUGCCUCUGGUGCUGCUAUGGAAACCCAUGAUGAGUGUACAAGUGAGAAGGACAAUCAAGAUGGAGAACCACGUCCAGACGAUCAAGAUGGCGAACCACGUCCAAACGAUCAAGAUGGUGAACGACAUCCAGAUGAUCAAGGUGGCGAACGACAUCCAGAUGAUCAAGGUGGCGAACGACAUUCAGAUGAUCAAGGUGGCGAACCACAUGCGGAACCCGUGCCACAUUCAGAUGCUAGCCUGAAUGACAGCUUUGACUACCUCUUCUCCCAGUCUUGGGGCGAAUAUGCUGAACCGUCCCCUGCCCCAGCCACCCAGCGCCAAACCAGGUCAAAGCCUGACUCUGUGCGGAUCAUUGACCUCUCCAUCAGUCCACCUGCACCUACCUGUGAGCCCUCAUUUCCCGUGCCAGGCCUCUCCCCAGAGCUGACCAUUACACAGGGGAGUCAAAGGCCCAGAAUGUCCUCGGACAUGACCGGUACACAUGCAAGUCAAAGGCCCAGAAUGUCCUCAGACAUGACCGGUACACAUGAAAGUCAAAGGCCCAGAAUGUCCUCGGACAUGACCGACAUGACCGGUACACAUGAAAGUCAAAGGCCCAGAAUGUCCUCGGACAUGACCGGUACACAUGCAAGUCAAAGGCUCAGAUUGUCCUCGGACAUGACCGGUACACAUGCAAGUCAAAGGCUCAGAUUGUCCUCGGACAUGACCGGUACACAUGAAAGUCAAAGGCUCAGAUUGUCCUCGGACAUGACCGGUACACAUGCAAGUCAAAGGCCCAGAAUGUCCUCGGACAUGACCGGUACACGUGCAAGUCAAAGGUUUAGAAUGUCCCCAGAACUGACCAUUACACAGGGGAGUCAAAGGCUUAGAUUAUCCUCGGAGGUGACAGGUACACAAGGAAGUCAAAGGGCUACAGUGUCUCCAGAGUUCAGAGUUUCAUAUGCAAGUCAAAGACUUCAAAUCUCCCCUGAGUUGAGAGAGAAACAAGCCAGCCGAGUUGAGGCACUGGCCUCAAGCAAUCGGAGUCAAGGUAGUUUUACUGACCAGUGCUCUAAAGAGGUUGAGCUCAUAGUGCUGUCGGACUCCAGCGAUGACUCCCCAACGUGUUUGUCUCCCUCUCCACCUCAGCCCAUGCGCAUCGAGUCACCCCUUGUCCUUCUAGAAGAUUCCCCAAUCUACACCUGCAUAAAGGAUGUAGCAAAAGCCAAAGACUCCCUCUCCGCCAGCCAAACAGCACAGCCUUUGAGAGAUCCAUGUGAUUCCCAGUCUGCAUCCUCAGACACCCCUCCUAAGGCCCAUCCAACCCCCUCAGGCCCCGAAUCUCCCUGCGCUGCAGAUUCCCCAGGAGUCCAGAGCUUGCUGGACGGCUCGGCCGAGGUGUCCUGGCUGGUCCCGUCCACCCCACACAUACCCAACCGGACACAGAGCAGCUCCACCCAGACCGAAAGCAGUAUGCGUCGCACGCGCCUCUUCCCUGGAUUUUCAUCGUCACAGCCAUCAUCAUCGUCGUCCUCCUCUUCAUCAGUUCCUGGACAUUCUAAAGCUCCAUCUCCAAAUAAAAUCUCUUGUAAGGAGGAGUCAGAAGAGGUCUCAGUCUCCGAUCAAACAGCUACCUCACCUGCCCAGACUAAGCUCGACCAAACCAGAUCAAACGUCACUGGAGAUGACUCUCCGGUGUUCCUACCUCCGAAGUCCCUCCCUAGGCGGUUCAGCUCAAUUUCUGACCUCACCCCUUGUGGUUCACACAGAGGAGCCUCCGUGGACAAACCGUCUUCCAGGAGGGUCGGCCACCCUGUCAGCAGCACCCCUCUGCACUCCGAAUCAGAGUCCCUUAUGAGCCCCCAUCUUCCCUCCGAAUCGCCGUUCGUGAGCCGCGUGGAGAAGAGCCCGCAUGUCCGGGAGAGCGGAGCCGCUCCUAGAGGCAGCGCGCCAUCGGAUGGCAGUCCAGAGAGCAGAGGCCACCUGGGCUUUUCCCAUCUCCAAGAUGUCAGCCCCUCCAGCGAUCAAGAGGAGGCAUGCACAAGCAAGUCCACUGGUCGGCAGAAGGAUUCCAGGGAAGGCAGCAACCCAGGCAGCUCUGAGAGAAGAAAAGGCGGAUCUGGACACCGUACAUCUGGUGCAGAAGAGGUCGAUAUGAAUGGGGUGGAAGACAACAGGGAGACGGAGAUCAAAGAGACAGGGAUGGAGGUGGAGGAUGAAGACGAAGAUGAGUUACCAUCUCAACAGAGCUUCAGCAACUAUGACGAGCCACCCAUGCCGUUUGAUGAGCCCUCGAUGGCUUAUGAUGACCCUCCAGUGGCCUUCGAGGAACAGCCCAUUGCUUGCGAUGACCAAGCGGCGGCCUUCGACGAGCCCCCGAUGGCUUUCGACGACUCUUGGGGUUUCGGGGACUGCAGGGCCGACCUCCACAAACCGCGCUUCAGCCUGCGCCUGGAGAGCAGCGGGGACGGGGACGGCAGCCUCAGCUGCACCACUCCGCUCGGGCCCCAGGCACCGGUCACCACAGACAGGACACCCCCCGCCGCCUCACCUGAGCCCCAGCCCAGCACCAGCGUCCUGGACCCCAAGCUGUGGGACAGCUGGGAGGAGGAGGAGGAGGAGGGAGCAGGUGCUGCUCUUCCUCUCUCUCAGAGGCUGGGUGCCGUCGCCCCGGCCAAGAGGGUGGCUCAGCUCAGGACUCCAGUGGCCUCUAAGAAGGCCGGCCCACUGAUGCCCAUCACCCCAAUGCCCCAUUACUCAGACAUGGACACGCCAGACCUCAAGAACAAACUCAACAGGUUCGGAGUGCGUCCGCUCCCCAAGCGGCAGAUGGUGGUGAAGCUGAAGGAGAUCUUCCAGUACACGCAUCAGCUGGAGAGCUCGGAGUCCGAGGACGAGGCGCCGGUACACGGCCACAGACCUCAGCCGGUCCCCGCUCCUGCCCGCUCCUGUGCCCAGUCACUCAACUUCAAGGAGCCCAGGGCGCCCCCUGCUGUCUCUCCCAAGAAAGUGCAGCUCAGCCUGGAUGCCCAGGAGCCCUUGUCCCUCUCGCAGAGCUCCAACGCUUCCUCUACAGACGCGAGUCAGGACUCUGACAGGACAAUCAAGAUGGAGAACCACGUCCAGACGAUCAAGAUGGCGAACCACGUCCAAACGAUCAAGAUGGUGAACGACAUCCAGAUGAUCAAGGUGGCGAACGACAUCCAGAUGAUCAAGGUGGCGAACGACAUUCAGAUGAUCAAGGUGGCGAACCACAUGCGGAACCCUCAAAGGCUCAGAUUGUCCUCGGACAUGACCGGUACACAUGAAAGUCAAAGGCUCAGAUUGUCCUCGGACAUGACCGGUACACAUGCAAGUCAAAGGCCCAGAAUGUCCUCGGACAUGACCGGUACACGUGCAAGUCAAAGGUUUAGAAUGUCCCCAGAACUGACCAUUACACAGGGGAGUCAAAGGCUUAGAUUAUCCUCGGAGGUGACAGGUACACAAGGAAGUCAAAGGGCUACAGUGUCUCCAGAGUUCAGAGUUUCAUAUGCAAGUCAAAGACUUCAAAUCUCCCCUGAGUUGAGAGAGAAACAAGCCAGCCGAGUUGAGGCACUGGCCUCAAGCAAUCGGAGUCAAGGUAGUUUUACUGACCAGUGCUCUAAAGAGGUUGAGCUCAUAGUGCUGUCGGACUCCAGCGAUGACUCCCCAACGUGUUUGUCUCCCUCUCCACCUCAGCCCAUGCGCAUCGAGUCACCCCUUGUCCUUCUAGAAGAUUCCCCAAUCUACACCUGCAUAAAGGAUGUAGCAAAAGCCAAAGACUCCCUCUCCGCCAGCCAAACAGCACAGCCUUUGAGAGAUCCAUGUGAUUCCCAGUCUGCAUCCUCAGACACCCCUCCUAAGGCCCAUCCAACCCCCUCAGGCCCCGAAUCUCCCUGCGCUGCAGAUUCCCCAGGAGUCCAGAGCUUGCUGGACGGCUCGGCCGAGGUGUCCUGGCUGGUCCCGUCCACCCCACACAUACCCAACCGGACACAGAGCAGCUCCACCCAGACCGAAAGCAGUAUGCGUCGCACGCGCCUCUUCCCUGGAUUUUCAUCGUCACAGCCAUCAUCAUCGUCGUCCUCCUCUUCAUCAGUUCCUGGACAUUCUAAAGCUCCAUCUCCAAAUAAAAUCUCUUGUAAGGAGGAGUCAGAAGAGGUCUCAGUCUCCGAUCAAACAGCUACCUCACCUGCCCAGACUAAGCUCGACCAAACCAGAUCAAACGUCACUGGAGAUGACUCUCCGGUGUUCCUACCUCCGAAGUCCCUCCCUAGGCGGUUCAGCUCAAUUUCUGACCUCACCCCUUGUGGUUCACACAGAGGAGCCUCCGUGGACAAACCGUCUUCCAGGAGGGUCGGCCACCCUGUCAGCAGCACCCCUCUGCACUCCGAAUCAGAGUCCCUUAUGAGCCCCCAUCUUCCCUCCGAAUCGCCGUUCGUGAGCCGCGUGGAGAAGAGCCCGCAUGUCCGGGAGAGCGGAGCCGCUCCUAGAGGCAGCGCGCCAUCGGAUGGCAGUCCAGAGAGCAGAGGCCACCUGGGCUUUUCCCAUCUCCAAGAUGUCAGCCCCUCCAGCGAUCAAGAGGAGGCAUGCACAAGCAAGUCCACUGGUCGGCAGAAGGAUUCCAGGGAAGGCAGCAACCCAGGCAGCUCUGAGAGAAGAAAAGGCGGAUCUGGACACCGUACAUCUGGUGCAGAAGAGGUCGAUAUGAAUGGGGUGGAAGACAACAGGGAGACGGAGAUCAAAGAGACAGGGAUGGAGGUGGAGGAUGAAGACGAAGAUGAGUUACCAUCUCAACAGAGCUUCAGCAACUAUGACGAGCCACCCAUGCCGUUUGAUGAGCCCUCGAUGGCUUAUGAUGACCCUCCAGUGGCCUUCGAGGAACAGCCCAUUGCUUGCGAUGACCAAGCGGCGGCCUUCGACGAGCCCCCGAUGGCUUUCGACGACUCUUGGGGUUUCGGGGACUGCAGGGCCGACCUCCACAAACCGCGCUUCAGCCUGCGCCUGGAGAGCAGCGGGGACGGGGACGGCAGCCUCAGCUGCACCACUCCGCUCGGGCCCCAGGCACCGGUCACCACAGACAGGACACCCCCCGCCGCCUCACCUGAGCCCCAGCCCAGCACCAGCGUCCUGGACCCCAAGCUGUGGGACAGCUGGGAGGAGGAGGAGGAGGAGGGAGCAGGUGCUGCUCUUCCUCUCUCUCAGAGGCUGGGUGCCGUCGCCCCGGCCAAGAGGGUGGCUCAGCUCAGGACUCCAGUGGCCUCUAAGAAGGCCGGCCCACUGAUGCCCAUCACCCCAAUGCCCCAUUACUCAGACAUGGACACGCCAGACCUCAAGAACAAACUCAACAGGUUCGGAGUGCGUCCGCUCCCCAAGCGGCAGAUGGUGGUGAAGCUGAAGGAGAUCUUCCAGUACACGCAUCAGCUGGAGAGCUCGGAGUCCGAGGACGAGGCGCCGGUACACGGCCACAGACCUCAGCCGGUCCCCGCUCCUGCCCGCUCCUGUGCCCAGUCACUCAACUUCAAGGAGCCCAGGGCGCCCCCUGCUGUCUCUCCCAAGAAAGUGCAGCUCAGCCUGGAUGCCCAGGAGCCCUUGUCCCUCUCGCAGAGCUCCAACGCUUCCUCUACAGACGCGAGUCAGGACUCUGACAGGUCCAACCCUGAGCUGCUUGUGAGCGACGACGGCGACUCCUCCUCGGACAGCGAGGGCCCGGUGACGGCCUCGCAGGCGGUGUCCAAACACGCCGACAAGCUCAAGGCCGUGCGGCGCUUCAUCCUGUCCGACCCGGAGCUGCACGGCCAGGUGCUGCAGUACCGGCCGCUGGCGCUGUCCCAGCUGCAGGAGCGCCUCAAGGCCGCCGGCAUCCGCCUGGCCGCCGCCAAGCUGCUGGACUUCCUGGACGCCCAGUGCAUCACCUUCACCACGGCCAAGCCGGGCCAGAAGGCCCCGUCCCGCAGGAGGAGGAAGAAACCGACGACGGCGGCGGGGGCCAGGGGCGCAAGAGCGGCGGCUGAGGGAGCUCUAAGCUUACAGUAUAUCACCCUUAUCCAUAGAGGGCUUCAGCAGAUCUACGCUGUUGGCACUCCAGGACCACGGCCAGCUGCCAAGCCAAACAUGCGUAUUCUCAGUGUGCAGUAUCAAGCAAUCAAGCCAAGCCCCUCCCACACACUGUGGAGCGACUUUAAGUUUUAG